UUUUACAUUUGCGCGCGAAGACCGCGAAGACGAGGCGAUAACGAUAUACGUUAUUUAACCGCAAUACUCGUGCUGCGAGGAGAACGUUUGUCGAAUCGAAUUUCCAAGCUGGACUGCGUGGCUAAAACUCGUGAAAAAUGGCGAAUAAAGUGGCAAGAGAUUACACCAAGGACAAAGAGCAAAUGAAGACCUUCUUCCUGGAAUUUGUCGAUAUGGACGAUAAGACGGGAAAUAAAACUUUCAAAUAUAGGCAGAUGCUCACCAAGAUAGCACACCGCGAACAAAUUAGCUUCGAGAUCGAUUUGGAUGAUGUGCACUCGUUUGACGAUGAAUUAGCCAUGUCUAUCUCUAGCAAUACACGACGAUAUACCAAUUUGGUCCUGAAUCUGGUUCAAGAGAUGCUGCCUGACUUUAAAGAGAGAGUUGUCCUAGCGAAAGAUCCAUUGGACGUGUAUACGGAGCAUAGAUUAUUAAUAGAAGCGGGCAAAGCUCCGACUGUGCAGAAUGCUGACAAAGUUAAUUAUGCUCCUGAAUUGAUGCGCCGUUUUGAAGUCUACUUUAAAGAUUUCUCCGAUGCGAAGGCGUAUUCAGUAAGAGAUAUCAAAGCGGAUAAGAUUGGAAAGUUGGUAACGGUUAGAGGUAUCGUUACUAAAGCGACCGAAGUGAAGCCGAUGAUAGUUGUGGCGACGUAUACAUGCGACGAAUGCUGUUCGGAAGUGAGCCAGCCGGUACAUUCUUUAAGCUUCAUGCCAAUACGAACGUGCCCGAGCGACGCAUGCCGCGUAAACAAAUCCGGUGGCAGGUUGUACCUGCAGACAAAAGGCUCGAAGUUUAUCAAAUUUCAAGAAAUAAAAUUGCAAGAACAUAGUGAGCAAGUCCCGGUAGGUCACAUACCGCGAUCGUUGACCAUCUUCUGCCGCGGCGAAACAACGAGAACCUGCCUGCCCGGGGACCACGUUAUUAUAACCGGUGUGUUCCUACCUUUCCUGAAAACGGGUUUUAAUGCUAGAGCAGGGCCUGCUCUUUCCAGUGAAACUUACUUGGAUGCGCAUAAAGUGGUAUGUCUGAAUAACGUGGAUACCGUAGACGAUAGCAGUGCAGAAUUGACGGAUGAAGAACUGGGUUUACUGAUGCAAGAUGAUUUUUACAACAAGUUGGCUUGCUCCUUAGCUCCUGAGAUUUAUGGGCUUGAAGACGUGAAGAAGGCGUUGCUUCUGCUUUUGGUUGGAGGAACGGACAAGAAGAGAGGCGACAUCAAAAUUCGAGGGAAUAUUAAUAUUUGCUUGAUGGGAGAUCCCGGCGUGGCGAAGUCGCAGUUAUUAUCCUACAUAACGCGAUUGGCCCCGAGAUCGCAGUACACGACAGGACGAGGAUCAUCCGGCGUCGGUUUGACCGCUGCCAUCAUGAAGGAUCCUCUAACGGGUCAGAUGGUGCUGGAGGGUGGAGCUUUGGUACUGGCGGAUCAGGGGGUGUGUUGCAUCGACGAGUUCGAUAAGAUGGCAGAUGCGGACAGAACGGCGAUUCACGAGGUGAUGGAGCAACAGACCAUAUCUAUCGCCAAAGCUGGCAUAAUGGCCCGUUUGAACGCCAGAGUCUCUAUACUGGCCGCUGCCAAUCCGGCAUACGGCAGAUACAAUCCGCAGAGAACGGUUGAGCAGAAUAUUCAGUUGCCCGCCGCAUUGCUGUCGCGUUUUGACUUGCUGUGGCUUAUUCAGGAUCGCGCAGAUCGGAGUAAUGAUCUUAAACUCGCGCAACACAUCACAUAUGUUCAUCAACAUUGCUCGCAACCUCCGACGGAGAUAGAAGCCAUAGAUAUGAAAUUGAUAAGAAAAUAUAUAAACCUGUGUAAAACGAAAGAGCCUGUUGUAUCAGAAGAAUUAACAGAAUAUAUUGUGGAUUCUUAUGUGGAAAUGCGAAAAGAGGCGCGUAACAGCCACGACAAGACGUUUACUUCCGCUCGUAAUCUACUGGCUAUCCUACGGUUGUCGACGGCAUUGGCACGAUUGCGAUUAUCAAACGUGGUUGAUAAAGACGACAUAGCAGAAGCGAACAGACUAGUGGAGAUGUCGAAGCAUUCGAUCAACUACUCCGAACAACGCACCGGCAACGCGCAACAGAAUCCGACCAACAGGAUCUUCCAACUAAUACGGGAACUUGCUGGCGAUAAAAAGACUGUCAAGGUGUCGGACAUUCUGGAGCGAUGUACGAGCAAAGGAUUCAAACCCGAUCCAGUGUACAGAUGCAUCGAGGAAUACGAGGCGUUGAACGUGUGGCAGGUCAAUCAAACCAGAAGAUUAAUCACUUUUAUUUAAUUUUCAGCCUGACAAUAUCUAUUGCAGAAACUAAUAUUUUUUUAUAUCUUGAAAGUAUACUCAUUCUGUAUUUUUACAAUAAAAAAUGAACCAUUUUCUAACUUAUUUUAUAAAAUUAACAUUAAAUUUAUCAAUCAUUAUGCAAUUGAAUGCGUUACUCUCAAGAAUCAAUAUCUAAAAGAAGUUAUCACUUAACUAUUUUGUCAAACUUCAAGAAUUUAGAUUUUCGCGGUUUAAAGUUAUCAAUUUAAUAAAUUCUAAAAAAUUUUCAAGUUUUUCUAAGGAAUUUUUGAAAGUUUUAGAUAAUAUAAUAUUCUCGCUCGAUUUUCUUGGUACUUU